GCUAAGCUCUAAACCCUGCAGCUCGGGUGCGCUGUUGAGGCAGGACACGGUUUCAGGUCAGCAUGUCUGAGAAGGAAAACGCGGGUGUUUUGGGUAAAGUGGGCCCGGGUGAAGGGUCCUGUGACGCAGCCUUAGCCGCGGCCAGCGACGCGUCUUUUGCCAAAACAGCAGCAGCAGCAGUGCUUCAGGUAUCAGGUGUGAGCACCUCCACUGCCCCCACCGCGCCUCCUCACACUUCAACCAAAGCUUCAGCAGCUCAGCCGGACGAAAACAACAAUCCAUCACCACAGACACCCGAGUCACUCCAGGAGGAGCCUGCCAGACCCCCCAGCACGCUCUCAAAGACCACUGCAGUCCUGGCAGCAGUCAGCUCCACUCUGCCUGCUGCCUCUGUGUCUUCUGUUCCAAAGAUCAUAGUGAGCUCUGCACCCGUCAGAUCCACUGCUCCACUUAUGGUGGGAGCAAGAGUGGUUCAAGCUCCUGCCUCAGCAAGCAUGGCCGCUCUUCAGGGACUGGGAGCACUGAGUUCACAUCCUGGAGGAAUUACUGUGACCCCAAGCCCAGCCGCAGGUACCACCACCACCACUCCAGCUCCAGCCCAAGGGCCAAUGAUGACAUUACCAAGGACAUCUACUGUACAGCAGACUGUAACAGUGGCCCGUAGCCCUCAGACCACCUCUCUCCAACUGCCUGCCAACUUCCACAUCCCACAAGGUAUGGUUUUAAUUCGCAGUGACAGCGGGCAGCUGAUGUUGGUUUCCCAGCAGGCACUGGCUCAAGCACAGGCUCAGGGAUUAGGGCCCAAACCUCCUGCUGUCUCUGCAGCUGUAAGACCACAAGUCUCUCAGGCAGCUGCCACAGCCACAUCUAUCAUCAGAGUCUCGAUCCCACCUUCAUCUGCAAAUGUGGGCACCAUAAUAAAACCUGCACCUACUACAGGGACAGGUGUUGUGAAACCCACCUCCACCACAGGGACUGCCAUAAUCAAACCCUCGUCCAUGUCAGCGAGCACAAUCAUUAAACCCACUGCUGUCUUAAGCACUACUGGGGUUAAGCCAAGCUCCACCACAGGGACCACGGUCAUUAAAGCCACAGCUACUCAGAAGCUUCCAAGCAGCACCUCUGUUACCAGUACAUCAGUCAUGAAGUUUGUUGGCAAAGCAUCUCCAUCAGUUACCCAGACCAUCCGACCAGCAGCCAGUGCCCCUCGAGUUAUCUCCUCAAACAUUCCCACCAAACACAGCACCAGCAAGUCUUCUGCUCCCAUCACAGUCACAGCUGAGACACUGGAGAAUGUAAAGAAAUGCAAGAACUUCCUGGUCACCCUGAUGAAGCUAGCGUCGAGUGGCACCCGCUCAGCCAACAUGGCGCAGAAUGUUCGAGCUCUUGUCAAGGACCUCCUGGAUGGACAGCUAGAGGCAGAAGAGUUCACAGAAAAACUCUACAUGGAGCUCAAAUCCUCUCCUCAGCCAUACCUGGUGCCUUUUCUGAAGAGGAGUCUACCUGCUGUUCGUCAGCUAACCCCAAACUCACAGCUCUUUAUCCAGCAGUGUGACCAGCCAAAACCCCCUUCUACUACUACUACUUCAGCAGUCUGCACCACCAGCCAAAAACACAGUGUCCCGUCCUCUACUGUCUCUACUGUCUCACAGACUCUUAGAGGCAGUGUUUCAGUAAGGUCCACUCCUCCGGUGAUCCAGCAAUCCAAAGGAGCGUCUGUCAAGCAGUCUGUGAUUUCCUCGUCCCGUGCUGACUUGGCUGUACAGAAGCCUAGGCAGCUGGUCAUUCAGACUAACACACAGCCUGCAGGGGCUUUUGGGAAGCAGGACUCCCUGCAGGCAUCUAAAACCCCCUCUUCUGUUCCACCUCCAGCCACACGUGCACACAGCUUCAAGGACAGCACCCCGGGCUCUUUCCGGGAUGACGAUGACAUUAAUGAUGUGGCCUCGAUGGCUGGGGUAAACCUGAGCGAGGAAAAUGCUCGCAUCCUUGCGUCCAGUGCAGAGUUGGUGGGCUCGGUGGUCCACUCCUGCAGGGAUGAGCCCUUCCUGCAGACCACAACUCUGCAGCAAAGAGUGCUGCAUAUUGGCAGUUCUCAUGGUGUUGUAGAGGUGAGUCCAGAUGUGCUUGAGUUGCUUUCUCAUGCCACACAGGAGCGUCUCCGAGAUCUGCUGGAGAAGCUCAGUGCCGUAGCACAGCAUCGCGGUAUCUCAUAUAAGGAUGACUGGAGGCACAUUCAGACCACCGACACACGGUCUCAGCUGAAGUUUCUGGAGCAGCUGGAGAAAGUGGAAAAGAGGAGGAGAGAAGAAGAGGAGAGGGAGACGCUUCUUUGCAUCGCUAAGAGUCGCUCCAGCAGUGAAGACCCUGACCAGCUUAGGCUCAAACAGAGAGCGAAAGAGAUGCAGCAGCUGGAGCUGGCCCAGAUGCAACACAGGGAAGCUAACUUGGCAGCACUAGCAGCUCUGGGGCCUCGCAAGAGAAAACCUCUGGAGGCUUCUGUCCCCGGGCCUAACCAGGCGCUGAGUUUCUAUGCACAGAGAGCUGGUCAGAGAACUCCAGUACGUGUGACUUUCAGAGAUUUGAUCUUCUGCAUGGAACAGGACCCAACACUUAGACACUCUUGUUUACUCUAUAAUGCUUAUCUACGGUAGUUAAAUACACACAUACAUGCUCUAUUGUCUUGCAUAGCUACUGAAAAAAUGCUAAUUGAUAAUUUGUUUGUUUUGUUUGUGAAAUUACGAUUUAUUUUGGAAUAUUACUCAAGAAAUAGUCGUUGACUAAUGAAUUUCACACUUUAAUUAUUUGUACGGUGAAAAAGAAGAGUGUUAUUAAAACACUACAGC